AAAUACUCUAGUAUACACAACGAUUUGCCAGAGUAUCAUGCUAUUGAAUACAAGACGCAUCUCAAUCGGAGUGUUUCAAGAUGGAUCUGCUACGAAUUUCGUUAGUGUUUUCUUGUAUAUUGAUUCCAGUGAUUGGACUCGACGACGACCCUGAGUUCGUUUAUCCUGAUCGUUUCAACGACCCUGAUCGAGAUGCUUUCCUUUACGACACUUUCCCCGAAGGUUUCAUCUGGAGUUCAGCGACGUCCUCGUACCAGAUCGAAGGAGCUUGGGAUACAGAUGGGAAAGGAGAAAGUAUCUGGGAUAGAUUCACUCAUGUAGGAGGAAACGUAUACAACAACGAUACAGGAGAUGUAGCAUGUGAUAGCUAUCAUAAGUACAAGGAGGAUGUUGCUCUGAUGAAAGCGAUGGGUCUCAAGUAUUAUCGCUUCUCAAUCUCUUGGCCUCGAGUUCUUCCUGAUGGUACUCUCAACAGCGUCAAUGAAGCUGGCAUCGCUUACUACAACAACCUGAUCGACGAGCUCCGGGAGAACGACAUCACACCCAUGGUCACUCUCUACCACUGGGAUCUACCGCAGGCAUUGCAGGACGUCGGUGGCUGGGCCAACGACACCAUCAUCGAUCACUUCAAUGACUACGCAGAACUAUGCUAUCAAAGAUUUGGUAGCCGUGUCCCUUUCUGGAUUACAUUCAAUGAGCCGUGGAUAGUCACUCUCCUGGGCCAUGCCAUCGGGUACUUUGCCCCAGGAGUAACAGAAGAUGGUACCACCAUCUACGUGGUGGCUCAUAACAUCAUCAGGUCACACGCAAGGGCGUGGCAUACAUACAAUGAUACCUACAGGCAACUACAGAAUGGUCAAGUCGGCAUCACAUUGAACUCGGAUCAUAUAGAACCUUAUGAUCCAAACAAUCAAGACCAUGUCGACGCUGCUGAUCGAUGUUUACAGUUUCACUUUGGUUGGUGGGCCAAUCCAAUCUUUAAGAAUGGUGAUUACCCAGAUAUUAUGAAGACAUCUAUUGCGAGAAAGAGUGCUGCUCAGGGUUUCGCCACGUCCAGACUCCCUGAGUUCACCGAAGAAGAAAAGGAAUAUAACAGAGGUACGGCUGAUUUCUUUGGUCUGAACCAGUACACAACCCUUUAUGCGAACAACACACCAGAAGAUGACACCAACCCACCUGGUUACCUUAAGGAUCGUAAUGUUCUGACCUUCGUGGAUGAUGGCUGGGAGACUGCGGGGUCAUCAUGGUUAAAGAUUGUUCCAUGGGGCAUUCGAAACAUUCUCAAAUGGAUCGAUUCGCAGUACCAGGUGCCCAUCUACGUCACAGAAAAUGGUGUAUCCACGCACGAUGUGUUUGAACUUGAUGACGUCAUCAGACAGAAAUACUACAGGGCAUACAUCAAUGAGGUCCUUAAAGCAAUCAAAUUGGAUGGCGUUGACGUAAGAGGCUACACUGCGUGGUCACUUUUAGACAACUUUGAAUGGGCAUCUGGGUACAGUGAAAGGUUUGGGAUGCACUACGUCGACUUCGAUGAUCCAGAGCGACCUCGAACGCCAAAGAGAUCUGUCUCUGUCUACUCCAAGAUCAUCGCCGACAAUGGGUUCAUCAAAGAAGUACCUACGACCCCUCCAACAGAAUACACAACUGCAAGUGCGCCAUCUCUCAGCACGCUGAGUAUGAUCAUGGUCCUCUGCUUCUGCGUUCUCGCAAACGUCUUGACGAAAUAAAACUUUGUUAAACACCUUGUCCCCACUGUCGUGCAUCCGUUUGUAUUGGCUUUCGUAGCCCAAAUCUUUUCUCUCCAACAACAAAGUUUGCCAUGACUGACUUCAAGAUCUGAUAAGAUCUGCCACAAUCACUACGAUUACUCCACGAUUUUAGACCCCGGUUUCAAUCAGAGCGCGAAUAGUGACAGUGAGAACUAGGUAGCAGUUCGAAGGUAAUAACGAUCGUUUUCAUACGCAGAACAAUCGCCAGAUAAACAUUAAUCAUGCAUAAUUGGAAUAAAAUUCGAAUCUAU